UCUUGCGUACUGUUUUGGUUUAUACUUAGAAUGAAAGGUAGUGUAAGAGUAAAGUAGGUAUUGUAUAGAUAAUUGCUUUACUUUAUUCAGUUUUGAUAGGUCCAAGUAUACUAUCCGCUUCAUUAUUAACGCAAUUUAUCCUGGAGAUUAAAAAAUUGACAUCUGUACAGGUAUAAUGUUAAAAUUGUUAGAUAUUGGUGUAAGGUGUAAAUUUUAUUGUCGUUGUAGGUUGGGCGUCCUAGUAACAUGCCUCAGGCAGCUCCUAUUAUUGAACAGAUCAUGGAAGAAGCAAAAACAUAUAAUCGCAUAUAUGUAGCAUCUGUUCAUCAAGAUCUUACUGAACAGGAUAUUCAGAGUGUUUUUGAAGCCUUUGGAAAAAUAAAAAUGUGUAAAUUACAAAGUGGGGGAAUACCUGGGAAACAUAAAGGCUAUGGAUUUAUAGAAUAUGAAAAUUAUCAGUCAGCACAGGAUGCUAUAUCAUCAAUGAAUUUGUUUGAUUUGGGUGGGCAGUACUUAAGGGUUGGAAGGGCUAUAACACCGCCAAAUGCCUUGCAGGCCCCAACUACAGCAAGCACGAUGCCUACAGCAGCGGCUGUUGCAGCAGCUGCUGCAACAGCUAAAAUUCAGGCUAUGGAUGCUGUUGCUAGCAAUGCAAUUGCCCUAGGUUUGGGUACCCCUGCAGCAGUAGCUCCAGUGGUUACGGCUACUGCAACAGAAACUGCAGCACUAAGUCCUGUAAUACCCCCACCUGGCCUUGCAAUUCCUGCUAUAGGAACUCCUGGACUUGUUACUCCAUCCAUUUUGCCUCAGCCUGUUCUAGCUGCAAAUGCACCUGGCAUAAUAACAGGUGUGACUCCAGUACGUCCACCUAUCAUUAUUCCGCCUCCUGGAAUAGUUACUUUGCCUAUAGUGACUCCACCUUUAGGUGUACCUGUAACUGUUGUUAAAACAGAAGUCAAUUCACCAAGUCCUAAAGUUGCAGUCCCACCACCAGUAAUUAGUGAUGCAUCAAAGACUACUGUACCUGUCGCUUCAGCUGCACCUCCUGCAUCUACAGCUGACACAAUUACUAGUGAUGCCCAAAAGCAGAAGCUCGAAGAAUUGGAGAAGAAACUUGCUGAAGAGCAAGAGCCACAAACGCUGCAGCAGCAGGAAAAUAUGAUGAUUAAAGGAACAAAUGCAAGGCAUAUUUUAAUGCAAAAACUCAUGAGACGAACAGAAUCCUCGGUUAUUGUUCUGCGUAACAUGGUUGGUGUAGAAGACUUAGAUGAUGAUUUGGAAUCUGAAGUAACAGAUGAAUGUGGAAGAUUUGGAGUUGUAAAUCGAGUUAUUAUUUAUCAAGAACGGCAGUCCGAAGAUGAUGAUGCUGAAAUAGUUGUAAAAAUAUUUGUUGAAUUCAGUUUACCAUCUGAGGCCUGUAAAGCACGAGAUGCUUUGAAUGGACGUUUUUUUGGGGGACGAAUAGUUAAAGCUGAACUAUAUGAUCAGACAUUGUAUGAAGCCAAUGAUUUAUCUGGGUGAUAGAUUUGUAUAUAUUUAUGUACUUAGUUUUAAUCAGAUGAAAACUUUGAAACUAAAAAUCGCAAGUGGAGCAUCUGAAUGUCAAAGGAUAUUAGUUUGUAUAUAUCAUUCCGUUUUGUGUAUGAUUUUUAUUAUCAUGUGAUUCCUUUCAAGUAAUAUUAAUGUUUGGCAAGUCAACAAAUUUACAUAUUUCUCAUUUUACUUUUACUUUAACAGUGCUCUGUAUGAAUUUAUAAUGCUUUGGAAAGAAAAUACAGAUUUGUAAUUUGCAUUUAAUUGUCACAAUCGACCACAGUCAUUGGUAUAUUCGCGUGCAACAUAUUGGCAAGCAAUUAAUUACGUAAAUGAGAAGCCUGGUAAUAAUGAGGAGCUUGCCAAACUUAAGAUUGCAGUUAUUCUUUGUCUGGUAUAAUUUUUAAGAAAAUUCAGUAAAGUAAUUAUUAACAUUCAAUUUUAGAAACUUACUAUUUUUUUAGAAUCAUUUCAUGGUUGUUUUACUAUUUCAUUAUAAAUCUGUGGCUCUACUAGUGGAAAGAAAUUUUGCUUCCCUGUUUCAGUCUUCUUUCAAUAUGAAAAUUGUAAAUUUUUGUGCUUGUUGUAAUGCUGAAACCACAGCUUUUAAAGCCAGGUAUCUCAGUAACGUAAUGAAUUGCUUGCUUGCAUGCGAAAAUUAUCUUUGGCUGUGGUCGAUUGUGAUACAGUGGUUUCAGCAUACUAAGCACUCGUCCCAGGUGUUCUCUUUGUAAAUACCAUAGCUUAUAAAUGAAAUUAUCAUCAUUCAUUAAUGAAAAAAACUGGGAAAUUAAUUUUAAGAGUGGCCUUUGUGUAUGAGGAAAAUUCUGCAAUUUGCCAAAUGGGGGUGGCAGGUUACAUAGAGUGGGGACAGCUUACAAAUAGAAAGACCGUUAAUGUUUUAAGUUUUGACUUCAGUGAAGUCUAAUGCUGGCAGUUCAUAACUAAAAAAAUAGCCCUUUUUAUGUAAUAUUGAAAAUUUUGAUGCACUAUUCAAAACUAAACCUUCUGCUUUUCCUAAAAUUAAAAUUAUAAUUUUUUUAAUGUUGAAAUUUUAUUACUUUUCUAAGUUUACUUUGAGCUUUUGAAAGACAUUGGUUUUAAUUUUCCUUUGUGUAUUAUGUAUACUUAAGUGUGUAUUAUGAUUUCAAGAUUUGUAUUCUUAGAAUUCACAGAAAUUAUCUAUUAAUUGUCACUAAGAUGAUCUGAAUGCUUAUUUUAUGUAAAAUUAUCAAAAAUUCAAAACUAUCUUUUCGAAAUGGAUGAUCUGACGUGUAGUUGAUAUACACAUAACUUUGAAUUCCAUUUCGGUUUCUGAUUAUUUUACAGUUAACUAACUUAAUUAUCCAUAAUUCUUCCACGUUUAUGAUUAGAGAAUUUACUGAAAUAUUACACAUUUACCUGUAACUUGUGCGUCGUUCUCUACAAUUGUUAUCAAUCAUUUUACCUAUGCAUCAAAGACAUAUCGUUGGCAGAGAAAAUGACAGAAAAUUACCUCUGCAAUAUGUAAAAAAAAAAAAAAAUAUGUGUAUGCAAUAAAACUAAAUGUUCCUGCUUUGUGUAUGGACGGCCAGACCAUGAUGCUUGUAUAAAUUAUUGUAUAUAAACAUGUUUCUAUUUCUUGUUUCAUUGUGACUGCCCAUUGUUUGUGUCCUUUCUAUUAUUUUGGGCUUUAAAUAAAUGUGUUUUAUGUUUUC